UUUCCUUAGGUUAAUAAUGGAGAUUUUCCUCAUAUGUUGUUGUACGGCCCUCCAGGUGCCGGGAAGAAAACUAGAGUAAUAUGCUUACUUCGUGAGCUUUAUGGUGCUGGUGUUGAAAAAAUGAAAAUUGAGCAUCAAAUCUUCGAAACACCAUCAAAAAGAAAAGUAGAAAUUAUAACAAUUGCAAGCAAUUAUCACAUUGAAGUCAAUCCAAGUGAUGUUGGCAUUUAUGAUCGUGUGGUGAUUCAAGAACUUAUCAAAACAGUUGCUCAGACUCAUCAGCUUGACAGUCACACUCAAAGAGAAUUCAAAGUGGUAGUUUUGAUGGAAGUUGACAAGCUCACAAAAGAUGCACAGCAUGCUCUGAGACGUACUAUGGAAAAAUAUAUGGCAACAUGCCGCAUUAUACUUUGCUGCAACUCAAGUAGUAAAGUCAUUCCUGCAAUUCGAAGUCGUUGCUUGGGUGUUCGUGUGGCUGCACCUACACACAGUGAGAUUAUAGGGAUACUGCAGCAUAUUUGUCGCAAAGAAUGCCUUUCAAUACCUGUAGAACUUGCAAACAGAAUUGCAGAGAAAAGUAACCGUAAUUUAAGAAGAGCAAUAUUAAUGUGUGAAGCAUGCCGUGUUCAACAAUAUCCAUUUUCCCCAGAUCAAGAAAUUGUGGAGCCAGACUGGGAAGUCUUUCUUCGAGAUACAGCUAAUUUCAUUGUUCAAGAACAAAGUCCUAAGAGACUUUCUGAAGUCCGUGGUAGGAUUUAUGAAUUAAUCUCCCAUCUUAUACCUACAGAUGUCAUAUUUAAAGGCUUAUUAAAGGAACUUGUAAAUAACUGUGAUGGGCAACUAAAAGGAGAAGUGACUGAACUGGCUGCGUUUUUUGAGCAUCGAUUGCAACAAGGAAGCAAAGCUAUAUAUCACAUUGAAGCAUUUGUUGCAAAAUUCAUGGCUUUGUACAAAAAAUUUCUAGAAGUUAAUAUGGCAGACGUUUAUUAAAAAUGUAUAAAUGAUAGAUUUAUAAUAUUUUUUUGAAGUAUGGCCAUAAUUUUCCUUUUGUAAAUUUGUAUUUUUUUUUUUUUUUUUUUUUUUUCAAUUUACAUUAAAUCUGGAUAAAGUAUGUUAAAUAUAACAAUAAUUUAAAAUGAAUUAAUUAUAAAAUAGUUUUGAAACAGCUAUAGACUACCAUUGCUGCAUAAAAACCAAACAUAUAGUGAAUUUGUUUCAAAUUAUUCUAAAGCAGAAUAUGUAAUUUAUUAAAGAAUGCUAUAUAAAAUUAGGCAAAGCAACAACCUUCUGCUUGGUGUAUAUUUUAACCAAGACUCUAUCAAAUUUAAGCAUGAACAAUUGCUUGUCCCUCAUCACCAGGAGAAAAGAGAUUCUGCAAAGAAGGGAAUUGUUCUUAUACAAAAAUAAAACUAUCAUAAAAAAUAAAGCAAACGAGAUCUUUUUCACUUUACUUUUGGUAUAAAUACAACUCCUUUCUUUGCAGAAUUUCAUUUCUCUUGACCUGCACCUGCUUGCCCUCGAAAUUGAUAAUCUUGGUUAAAACAUAAACAAAGCAACAACCUUUAGUUUGGUGUAAUUUUAUUUUUUACUUAGUGUCUUCUCUCUUGAAAAAAUGUUAUAUUAAUGUCUCAUUAAUCACAUAUGUUUUAAGUAUGUAACUUUAUCUAAUAACAGUAAAUUAAAAUAUACUAGUAUCCAAAA